AGCAAUUUGUGCUCAGGAUGGCUGGCGCGCAAUGGGACGCAUUUGGCCCCACUUGGGUGGCCCUGCGAUGCUGCGUCGCCCUCGGCCUCCGCUCCGCCGCCGCCGCCCUCGCGGAGGACGCCCGAGCCCGCGCCCGCGGCGAGCUCGUGCUGGGCGCUGGCGAGCUCAGGCGCCAGCUCGGGGCCCGGAGCCCUCCCUGCGACCUGCCUCGCGAGGACGCGCGCGUGCUGUCGGAGCGCGAGUUCCGCCAGAGGUACGUGGAGGCGGGCAGGCCGGUGCUGCUCCAGUUCGGCGGACGCAGGAUGAUGUCUGUACCGUUUGGCGAAAUCUAGGCUUAAGUCGGGCGUGUCCCUC